AUGAAGAUGUUCUCUAACUUCUAUCUCCUUGUUCAUCUUCUUAUUUUUCUCCUCCCUCCUCUUUUUUUGUAUCUCAGCUACUACAAGAGGAGAUCACAUUAUCUUAGCAAUAAAGAUGGUGUUAAGUUUAAGGGAACUGUGGUGUUAAUGAAGAAGCACGUAUUGGAUAUGACCAAUAUUCGUGCCUCGAUAGUGGACAGAAUUUAUGAAGUUUUUGGGAGGAGGGUCUCAUUUCAGCUUGUUAGCGCCACUGUGGGAGAUCCAAAUGACAGGGACAUGGGGAAAGUCGGAGAGCCAGCGUACAUCGAAGGAUGGAUCACAAGGAUAGGGUCUCUGUACGCCGAUGAGAUUCAGUUCACGGUCAACUUCAAUUGGGACGAGAAAACCCUGGGGCUCCCCGGAGCUGUCAUCGUUAAAAAUCAUCACAGAUACGAGUUCCUCUUAAAGAGGGUCACGGUGGAGGGUAUACCCGGCAAGGGUCGGAUGCAUUUUGUGUGCAACUCGUGGGUCUACCCGGCGUACAAAUACUCGUACGACAGGAUUUUCUUCGCCAAUGACACUUAUCUACCAAGCAGGACACCGAAGCCAUUAAUACCGUACAGAGAAGAUGAGCUCAGAGUUCUGAGAGGAAAUGGAGCCUAUGGGAAGCUACAGGAGCAUGAUAGAGUUUAUGAUUAUGAUGUGUACAAUGAUCUCGGCGAUCCAUCAAAAGGCGAAGAAUAUGAACGACCGGUUCUCGGAGGUUCUAGAGAGUCUCCUUAUCCACGACGAGGCCGAACCGGACGUCCCUUAACGAAUGGUGACUAUCUACCGUGUGACGAGUAUUUUGGACACCUUAAGUAUUCAGACUUCAUUGCAUCUAAACUCAAGGCAGAUAAAGCCAGCUCAGUGAAGGGCAAAGGAGAGGAAGAGUUCGGUUCGUUCAAAGACGUAAUGGAUCUUUACAAAGGAUCCAUGGAGAUGCCUAGUUUUAUCUCAAAGAUUAUAGAUUGGAUCCCCUUUGAGACGAUCAAGGAGCUUUUGAGAACAGAUGGAGAUCAGAAAUUGUUCGCUUUUCCACUGCCUCAAGUUAUUAGCAAAGAUGAUGAUAAACCUGCUCUGUGGUCAACGGACAAAGAAUUUGCGCGGCAAAUGAUCGCCGGUCUCCAUCCGGUACUAAUUCGUGCUGCCAAGGAGGAAGAAAUACGAGAGUUCAAUAAACAGCCAGAGAGAGUUUCAAAUCAGACGGAGGCAAGCGACGAUGAAGAUGAAAAUGAGGACGGAUGGGUAAUUCCACCUACCAAAGAAAAAGAGGAGGGAGAUGAUAACAAGAGGUUCUUCAUAUUGGAUCAUUCCUACCUUAAAGAGUACCAAAGGAAAAUAUAUGAUCUUACUACCAACAAAGUAUAUGCCUCAAAAACACUAGUGUACUUGGAGAAAGAUGGAACAUUGAGUCCGAGAGGGAUAAUGUUAAUAGAUGCAGUUGGAGAAGAUGAAUAUGUAAAGAGAUUUUAUUACCCUGCAGAGGAUGGGGUCAAUGGAGCUCUAUGGAGGAUAGCGAAGGCAUUCGUAGCAGUGAACGACUCGGGCCAUCAUCAACUUGUUAGCCACUGGCUUUACACGCAUGCAGCAAUUGAACCCUUUGUUAUAGCGACAAACAGACAGCUCAGUGUUAUGCACCCGAUCUACAAGUUGCUGAGCCCUCACUAUAGAGACACCAUGAACAUGAACUCCUUGGCUCGCCAGCUCCUCAUACACGCAAAUGGACCCGUAGAGAGAAACUUCUUUCCCGGAAAAUUCGCAAUGAGUUUGACAUCAGAGAUUUAUAAAAGCUGGAACCUCAUGGAUCAUGCACUCCCAACUGAUCUCUGCAAAAGGGGCGUAGCAGCAAUGGAAAACAACAAAACCCUCCGUCUCCUAAUUUCUGACUACCCCUACGCAGUCGACGGCCUUGAGAUCUACUGUGCCAUCCAAAACUAUGUCUCCUCCUACUCCUCCCUCUACUACACCACUGACAUCUCCCUCCAAUGUGACGUAGAGCUCCAGACCUGGUGGACCGAGCUCCGCGAACUUGGCCACGGGGACCUCAAACACGAAACCUGGUGGCCCAACAUGCAAACCCUAUCAUCCCUAACCGAAGUUUGUACAAUCCUCAUCUGGCUUGCCUCUGCCUACCAUGCCUCCCUCAACUUCGGCCAGUAUGCAUAUGCUGGCUUUGUCCCAAACCGACCCACAUUCAUUCGACAUCCAAUGCCAGAUCCUAAAGAGUAUGAUGAGAUUGAAAAUGACCCUGAGGGGUUGUUACUUAAGAGUAUAACGAGCAAGGCACAAGCAUUAACGGUUAUGUCAGUGUUAGAGAUUUUGUCGAUGCACUCGAGUGAUGAGGUUUAUAUUGGGCAGAGGGAGGAUAAGGAGUGGACAUCGGAUCGAAGGGCAGUGGAGGUUUUUGAGAGGUUUAGAGAGGAGCUGGUGAGGAUUGAGAAGAGGAUCGAGGAGAGGAAUAAGGAUGAGAGGUUGAAGAAUAGGAUAGGGGAGGUUGGUGUUGCUUAUACUUUGCUCUAUCCGAGUACUUCAGAUUUUAGGAGGGUUGCGGGGAUUAGUGGAAGAGGGGUUCCUAAUAGUGUGUCUGUCUGAGAUUUUGGGUGAUUUUACAGAGUUAGUGUUAAGAGGGAUUUUGUUGUUUUGUA